AUGGCAAUCAAAUUAGACCUCCAAAAGGCAUAUGAUAGAGUAAGCUGGAGGUUCAUUCAAGAUGUUCUUCUUCAUCUGGGAUUUAACCAAACAUUCACAAGCUGGAUCAUAUCUUGCAUCUCCUCAGUCUCAUUUGAAGUUCUUGUCAAUGGAGGUAAAACUGAGAGCUUCAAACUUGACAGGGGCCUUAGACAACGGGACCCACUCUCAUCAUAUCUAUUCAUUUUGGGGCAAGAAAUUUUCUCCGGAAUGCUUGACUCAGAACUCAGGAACAAAAAUCUCUAUGGCAUUAAGACCAGCAAGAGUGGACCAACUAUCACCCACGUGAUCUAUGCUAAUGACAUAGUGUUGUCCUCUAAAGCUUCCAGAAAAGAUGUUGGAACUAUAUCAAGGAUCCUUGAAAAAUACAGCUUACGGUCUAGUCAAUUGGUGAAUAGGAACAAGUCAGGAAUCUACUUCUCCAAGCAUACACAGAGUCCCACACGAAGAACCAUCAAAAGCAUCCUUCAAGUCAAGGCCCUAAAAAAAGAUGUUUAUCUAGGAGCCCCAUUCCUAUUGUCAAGAGCUCCCUCAAAGGACUUUAUUUACCUUCAGCACAAACUUGAAGCUAGACUCACAGGGUGGAGAACUUUAUGGUUUGCUGCUUGUUGGGGCUUCAAAGCUGAUGAAUCUAACAUCCACAGCCCAGUGGAUAUCGUCAAAAUUGUUCUCGAUCCUCCAAAAGCUUUUUGUCAAGCUAGAGAGCAAUGGCUCAUCUCUCUCAACAUGGCUUUGAUUUUGGAGGAAAUUUGGAGAGUUAGGAACUUAGCUCUUCAACACAACAGCCCUAUCGACCUGCCAUCAUCCAUCCAUACAAUUCACAGAAGGUUCAAUGAGCUCUCCCUAGCUCUUGCUAGCCCAUCUCCUGAUUAUAUCCAUGUUGCUCAACCUUCUUGGAUUUCUCCUCCCCCUGGUUGGCUCAAAAUCAAUGUGGAUGUUGCGUUAUCCACCACUCAUGCUUCCUUCAUUGCAGUUGCAAGGGAUCACCUUGGCAUCCCUAUCAAAAUUGGGGCUAGAAUCAUGUAG